GAUUGUAAAUUUAAUUAUAGUCUAUUAUUUCUUUACAAUAUGUCAAAAUUUAAGGUUAUUUUUUCUGUAUAGGCAUCAAAGAGCAUUAAAAAUACUACCAGGCAUUUAAUAACAUUUAGAUUACAGAACAAUUCUUGUUGUCAUCAGUAACCUAUGGAGAAUGAGUAGUAUAGUAGUAGUGAGUAUAUUUAUGGGAGCAUUACUUCAACUUAAAGUUACUACAUCUUAAUAAAUGCCAGAAGGAAAUAAAGACCAUAAUCAGGUACUGGAUACCAACGAGCAACCCGAAAAUUCUAAACAACCAACAGAAACAAAUAAAAAAUCAGACAAAAACCAACCAGAAAUCAAAUCAAUUAUGACAUCAGGAAAAUCAAGGACGUUGAAAUUUGCUGGUCCUAUUAAAAUCUUAGUGAUUGAAACCAAAGGGGAGUACUGUAAGACGAUUUGGUGUGCCAUCGGAAUAGGACUGUCUCAUGUAAUGAUUGGGGCUACUAAUAUGGCUGUUUUGUUUUAUUAUUUGAAGUCACAAGACGUGCAUGCUUUAACAUGUACUUUGGGAUACCAUUUCUUCUCGGCGGAAGCCAUAUUAAGCCUGAACUAUGCCAACGGUUGGUCCACACCUAUGCGGUUACGUCAUAGGAGAUUUGUGCACGUGCUCCUACAGUUGUGCGCAAUGGUCUGUGCUAUCUUGGGCACCACGUUAGUUAUUGUCGACAAAGGAGCUUCCGUUACUGCCCAUGGAAUAACUGGUAUUAUAACCGUGAUAUUAACGGUGACAAGUUUCUUGGCCGGGUCAGGCGCAUUAUACGGCAAGAAAUAUUUGAAAAUAACCCAUAUUUCUUUUGGAAUACCUACAUUCCUAAUGUCAUCUAUAUGCUUCUGUACGGGUCUUUUAACAGAAUCUUUUAGAAAUUGGUCUGACCCCACUAUCACAUAUCUAUUGCUAGGUUUCAUCAUAUUUUACUCAAUUUUUAUAAUCACUACCCCUUUUUUAAAAUGUAUGAUCAGACUUUAGUCACUAAUGUUAUUUGUAAAUAUAACUGGGUAUGUUACUUUUACGUUUUUAGUAAUCAAAUAUAUAUUUUAUGCUUU